AUGAAUCAAAGUACUCGCCAAAAUUAACGAGCUCCAUAUUCCCUCAAUUAAUCUAUGACAAACGGAUUGCCAGUAUUGAAUUAGGACAACACAAAUAUGGGCACAUUUUAAUUCCAUAGGAGAAGACUUACACAUAAAUAUUAAGAUUCUCCAAACAAUGAAUUUGCUACGGGCAGAUCACUGUUUCCACUCAAGAAGGAUGCUGAAGAAUUGAAAGAAGAAAUUAUGCAAUUAAAAAAAGAGAAUUAUCAACUAAAGCAUUUAAACCAAUAAUUAUGUUUUUAGAUAAAACUUGAUGAGAAAGAACAAAUUGAGAAACGAACUACACAGGAUGGAUCUGAUGAUUUUACGAUAACCAUUCAAAACACCAGACUUGCUGAAAAACUAAAAUAGGCUAGGUUACUGCUGCAAGAGAAAUAGACUGAAAUCGAUAAUUUGAAAAAGAAUACUCGUUAUAUGCGGCUAUAAGAGAUGGAAACUGAACUCUGUGUAACCAAGUUAAAGUUUGAGUUUUUAAGCAAGUAAUUCAACUAAAUUUUAAAGACUGACAGUGAGGUAAACAAAUUUCAAAAAUUAACUGUUCAAACCAUUCAAUUAGAAGAAUAAUUGAGACAAUUCACCUAUUCACAUCAAAAGCAAAAGAAGAAAAUUUUAAAUCUAAGACAAGAACUAUUGACAUGUUAAGCACUGAAGGAGAAAUAUAGGAAGUAAUAUGAAUAGGUAUCAAAUGAGUUUGUUAAAUUCAAAAAGGAUCAUGAAUAAGAAAUCUAAAAGAAAAAUAAAUACAAAGAAACCAUAGAAAAUCUAAAUUAUUAAUUAUCUAGCUAAUAGACUUAAAUCAUGCAAUUUUAAAUUGAUUUAGAAAAGUAGAGGAUGUUAGUAUCUUAGAAAUAACAUUAAUUUAAGGAAUUGGAAGAUUAAUAUGAGUCGAAGAAAUCAUGGCUUACUAAUAAGAAGGAAGUCCCUUAAGUGUCCUAAGAAAUUUUAGAUGAAAAAGUUAACAAAAAUAAAAUCAUAAUAUCCGAAGAUGAAAUGAUUCGUUCUAUUAAACUAGGGUCACAUUCUAAAAUUGUAGUUGAGGAUGAGAUUAAAGACAAAUCUUAAGUGAUUCAACAUCGUGGAAGUCUAGAUUCUGUAGUGGAGGAGCAAAAGACAUCUUAGGUUUAGAGUUAAAGGCACUUGUAAGAAAUUGAAUUUGCAAUUUAAAAAUUACCUCGCGUUAAUUUUUAGGAUGUUGAAAAUAUUGGAAAAUCUUUGAAAUAUUAAUUAAUGGCUGAAAAGAUAGCGAUGGAGGACCUAAAUACAUUUUUCGAUUAGAAAUAGGAAAUUACAAUUGAAGAAUUAGUGGGUAUAUUAUAAGCCUAUCCUUUUAAUAUUUAAGAUGAUAAGUAAGCAUUAUUAUUGGCUCGUUACUUGAUUGAGGACAAUUCAUAGUAAUUUGUUGAUUUUACACCUUUUUAAGUCAAUAACAUAUGCAUAAUCAAAAGUGUACUGAAGAAUGUCAUAGGGAAAUACACAUUGAUAAAUGAGGAACAAUAUUAGCAAAUUAUUAAUUCUAUUGCCUAAUAAAUUUGGAAAUUUAGAUAAUUAAUUGUUGAACAAAUCAAGGGCAUCCUAUUCAAAAGAGCAAACACUCAAAAUUGUGAGUUAUGCUAUGAAAGUGAAUUUAAGGCUGCUUUAUAAGUUAGCAAUGUGUAAUUGGAUGAGAGGCAGAAGGAAAGCUUGGGAUAGUUCAUUUUUAAGGAAUUCAAUGGAAACAAACUGUUUGAUUAUAAAAGUCUGAUUGAUAAAUUUGGAUUUCAACUUUAGCAUAAUUCACCAGUUUUAUUGCAAAAAGCUCAAUGA